AUGAGUGAAGUAGAUGCUCCAAACGGUUCUGACCAUUUUUCGCAGGAUCAAGAUGAACGUCACCGCGACGGACGACACCCAGAAGAAAGACAUCGAGAUGAAAGGGACGAAAGGGAUGAAAGGGACGAAAGGGACGAAAGGGACGACAGGGAUGAUAGGGAUGAUAGAGACGACAGACAUCAUGACAGCCGUCAUAGGGACGACCGUCAUGACGAACGACACGAUCGCAGUCCAAGUCAAUCACGAUCAAGAUCGUCUAAUAGGUCUCGAUCCCCAAGAGAAAGGAGCACUUCUGAUAGACAUUAUAGUAGGGAGGCAGAUGAUAUAAAUCCUGGGAAUAAUUUGUUCGUUACAGGGUUAUCUACCAGAACAGGUGAUCGAGAAUUAGAAGAAUUAUUCGCAAAAUAUGGCAAGGUUGUAAAGGCCCAAAUUAUGUACGAUCCUCACACUCGAGAAUCCCGUGGUUUUGGUUUUGUAACGAUGGAUACAACUGAUGAAGCUGAUGCAGCAAGACAAAGUAUCCAUGGUUCAGAGAUUAAUGGCCGUGUUAUAACUGUGGAAAAGGCCCGUCGCUCUAGAGCUAGAACUCCAACUCCUGGUCGUUAUUAUGGACCGCCUAAACGUCGUGAAUCUCGUCGAGUUGACAGAUUUGAUCCUAGAUAUGAAUAUAGUAGACCUUAUGAUCGCUACGAUAGGCCACCGAGAGGUUAUGGGCGUGAACCGUACUAUGAUCGUGCAUAUGAUCGGCCAUAUUAUGACAGGGGAUAUGAAAGAGGCUACGACCGCGCAUACGACAGAGCAUAUGAUCGGACUUAUGAUAGAGAUCGUCGACCACCUCCACCGACCCGUUAUGAACCUUACCCGCGACCUCCUUUUUGUGGGCAACAAAAUAUCAACUACAUCCGUGUUCGGCCUUCUUUCAGCUUAGCAAAGUCAACACAAAAGGGUCAGCAGUUUUUUCGACCUGUGUACAUCAACUGGCAACUAACUCAGCAUUCAACAAACAAUAAACAUCAUAUACCGACGCUUUCAGCUUUUUUUUUUCAGUUUCAUCCCUUCACUACUUCCUAUUUCGACACAUCACUAAAUCGAUAUUCACAGCAACGCCUCAUUG